GGGCUCAGCCAUGGCACAGCUGAAGCCAGCGCCUUGUGCCCCCUCUGUGCCACAGUUUACGCCACCACCACCCCCCCCGAAAAUCCAUCAGGUUCAACCAAAUGUAAGCCAGGUCACUGCCACCUCCUCGUUGCCGCCACCACCUCCUCCCGUGCCUGCCCCUCCGCCGCCCCAGGCACCCCCAAAGCCUGUCAUGGCAGCUCUCCCCCCCCAGCCUAGUGGGAAGGCAGCGUCACCAGGGAUCACACACGUCACCCCCUCUGUGCCAGCUCCUUUGCCCCUUGCAAUAAAGAAACAACCAAGUGUCACCUUGCCCCAGGUGCCUCCACCGCCCCCAGCCCCUCCAGGCCCGACUCCCCCUCCAACAUUCCCAAAGCAGCAAAGUUUCUCUGUGAAGCCUCCUCCCUCCCCUCAGUCCCCAGUGCCGUCGUCGGUGGUUAAACAGAUAGUUAGCCAGUUCCCACCUCCUCCCACCCCACCUGCCACUGAGCCCCAGCCUCUGAAACCCCUUCCACUGAGCGUGGCUCCACAGUCGCCUCCAGCAGUGAAGGCAAAGCCUAAAUGGCAGCCCACUUCUGCUCCCUCACCAGAUUUCCCCCCUCCUCCACCAGAGAGCAGCUUAGUGUUUCCUCCUCCACCUCCUUCCCCAGCUUCCUCUGCAGGUUCUCCCCCCCCUGACAAAUCAGGGUCUCCAGUCAAAAAGACCAGCAAGACAUCAAGCCCUGGAGGGAAGAAACCACCUCCAACGCCUCAGCGAAACUCCAGUAUCAAGUCCACCAGCUCCACGGAGUACCAUGAGUCCAAGAGACCUUCAGUGGACCGCCUUGUCAGCAAAUUUGCACACCCACCAGAGCCGUCAGGGUCUCCUUCUAAGGAGUCAUCACCUCCUGCAGCCCCUCCAAAGCCAGGAAAGCUCAACCUUUCUGGGGUGAGCCUGCCCAUUGUCCUUCCGCAAGGAGGGAUCCCGGCCAAGGCUCCUGCUCCAGGGGUGUCUGGGAAGGAACCUGUGGUUGAAUUUCCUUCACCACCAUCUGAUUCAGACUUUCCACCACCACCACCUGAAAUAGAUCUUCCUCUCCCACCGGUUGAGAUCCCAUCCAUGUUUUCAGGCAGCACUUCCCCAAAAGUCGCUGUUGUCAAUCCCCAGCCUCAGGCGUGGUCAAAACCAUCAGUGAAAAAAGCCCCACCACCCACACGUCCCAAGCGGAACGACAGCACUCGACUGACACAGGCAGAGGUCACAGAGCCACCAGGGCCAGCUGGGCCUCAAGUGCCCACUUCACCCAAGUCCAGCCUUAGCGUUCAGCCGGGAUUCCUGGCCGACCUCAACCGGACGCUGCAGCGGAAAUCCAUCACCCGGCAUGGCUCCCUCUCCUCUGCACGGAUGUCCAGAACAGAGCCCACAGCCACCAUGGACGACAUGGCCCUGCCUCCGCCUCCGCCCGAGCUGCUGGCUGACCAGCAGAAGACGAGCAGCUUUGGGGGCAGUCAUAUAUCUGGCUAUGCAACGUUACGGAGGGGGCCGCCCCCUGCACCUCCCAAAAGGGAUCAGAACACCAAGCUGUCACGGGACUGGUAGUCAGUGUCCAGGGGCCGGCGCUCUCCAUGACUUGUGGGCCGCUCCAUGAUCAACCAACCUGCGAUCUUGCGCGCUUGGAGAGAACGUGGGGCUGCGGAUGAUAGCUCCAUCAAAAGAGGUGAUCUCAAACGGUAGCUAAGGCUAAACGUAAAGACAUUCCCCUUUCAUGGCUAGGCCAAAAAAACUGGGGGCUUGGGGGUGUUGAUGUUUAUUGGAAAAGGUGGGUAGAGAGGCAUUGACUUGUCCUUUCAAUUUCUUUUACCCUUCAUAUGGAUUGGACCAAACCCCCAUUUUCUUACUUUUUCUGCAUUUAGGGGAGGGGGGGGAGAUAAUUUUUUGUAGUGUCUGUCCACGUGAGACAUGUUUGUGCAUGUAUUAUAAGUGUAGGUAUAUAAUAUAUUGUGAUAUAUUUCGUCGCAAUUAUAGAAGAUAACCAGAAUGUUUUUGUAGAACCGUAUUUAUUGUUUCAGUCACUAUAUUAUCUGGAAUUGGACUCUGUAACUAGUCAACUCUUACCACAAUGAUGAAGAUGUAGGGGGCACUUUAAAGAAAGGAAGGAAAAAAAAAAACAAACACAAACAACAAAACCAACCAACCCACAAACCAACAAAACCCCACACACAAACCUCUUGGCAGUUUGUGGUGGAUAAAUGGUGCAGAGCUGAGGUGCUCUGCUAGUAACUGUACAUUGUCCAUUGAUUGAAAAGUGCAGAUGCAACAUACCAAAACAUUCUGGUCAUAAUACUACUGAAAAUGAGUAUGUUCUGAGGAAGAAAAUAGAUUUUAUAUAUAGUGGGCUGGAGUGAAAUAUAUUUAUACUAUAAAGAGCCUCCCCCUCCCUUCCAAACAGUUGAAAAAUACACACUGCUACAAAUUAUUUCAAAGUUAUUUGCCCAUGUAGUAAGUAGGAUAAAUACCUAUUAUUCCAAUCCAUUAUGCAUUCUAACUUUAUAGUAGUCUCAAUCAUUUUGUUCCUGUGGCUCAAGAUGAAUAUAUUUGUGUUAACCCCUUCUGAAAGCUGCCAGGACUCCUGCAGUCGAUGCCGACCCACAAGGCUGACCCACGCCGAUACAUCACUUGUACGUGUAAUUCUUUUCCCUGAAUGAACAGGUAGGUUUCUGUAGAGAGUGUUACGGUCUCGCACAAGCAUACACAGCGUACAGUCUCACCUUGUCUGUGCCUGAGAAGAUGUAUUAUCUUUACAAAAACAAGCAUCUGGAAGCAUUCAAAUAAAGUAUUGUUUGUAAUUCAUUAGAAACUGUCAGGAAACUUGCCCUUCUAGAAAGAGAGAAGGGAGUGGUAAGUUCAGGCCAAGUGGGAAUUCUCUCUUCUUUUCUUCCACCUGCCCUAGACUGCAAUCAAUGCUAAAACCUGUUAAUUACAAAGUUGCACUUCUAGCAGUCAAGGGAGAAGACUAGAAAAAAACCAACCUUGAGAGGCAAUAACAUUUGCUAAUAUAAGGGCCCGUAUGAGUAGUAAAUAGACUUAUCGUGUUUGCUUUAUGGGUUUUUUUGCUUGCUACCGGCUCACAGUCAAUCACCAGAUCAAGUACUAGAGCCCUUUUUCUUGUACUUCAGUAGCUUGAUUGUACGGUCUUACCCAUAUCUUGGGACACGGGUAGUGUAGUUAGCAUAAGUGGUCUUAGGUAUCCUGCACGUUCAUUACAGGGUAGUGGUACACAACUUGUGUAAAGUAACUAGAAUACUUGGACUGUACCUACCCCAUCCUCAGUUGUUACAACUUCCCUCGUCACCACAGGGAUACUGUCAAGGCUCAGAUGGCAAAUUAUUUUACUGUUUACCUCUUCUCCAGAAGCAAAUUUUAAAUGCUUUCCUUCCCCCAAAGAAUGAAACAAAGGAAGUAGCUUGACCUGACAGUAUCCUCAAGUGUGUAAAAAAAA